AUGGCAGAUAACGAGCGACCACGCGAGCCUUACCGCGACCCCUUCGCGCGCGACAGCCGCCGGGAACCACGCGAAGCUCGCGAACGAGGCGGCACCCCCACAGAGCGACGCAACCGAUCGCGCAGUCCCCAAGAGCGCGGCAGCCGACGCGACACGCGCUACCGCUCAAGAUCGCCUUUCCGCAAAGACGAGCGUGAAAAUAGUGGACGAGGGGGUGCACAUAGAGGACGAGGGCGAGGGCACGACCGCGGACGAGGCCGUGAUGAUAGGAGAGCAGCAGCAGGAGAUCGAGACUCGCGCCCAUCCUUCCGUGACCGCUCACCACCAAAAGGUCCACGAAACCCCGGCGCACCACCAACCCACGGUUCAAGCAAACCCCCAACUGGCCCUCGGUCCUCUGCCGUCGACCACCCAAUCAAGAAGGAAGAAGAAGGCACACCCGACGUCGAGAUGAAGGACGAGCGGCAGAAGCCAGACGACAUGGACGACGACGAGUGGGAGAUGCUGAAAGUCAUGGGCUUUGGCGGGUUCAAAAGUACGAAGAAUACAAAGGUUCCCGGGAAUGAUAAGAACUUUGGGGUUAGGAAGGAUAAGCAGUUGCAAGCUAGGCAGUACAUGAAUCGGCAAGGUGGAUUCAAUAGGCCGCUUUCACCUAGUAGGAGUUGA